GCGCGGCCCCGCGCGUGCGCGUUGUUAAAGUCGCCCCUGCGGGGGGAGGGCGGGGGGAGCGGCGGCGGCCAUCUUGUGCGAGAAGCGACCGGAUCCGCCAGGCAGGAAGGAGGCCGGAGGAAGGAAGGAAGGAAGGAAAGAAGGGGGAAAAGGAAAAAAAAGGAGGAGGAGAAGCCGACAGCAGAGCCGCCCGCCUGCCCGCCCGCCCGCCGCGGAGGAGCCGCCGCCGCCAUGAACCCCGAAUAUGAUUACCUGUUCAAGUUGCUGCUUAUCGGAGAUUCCGGUGUAGGGAAAUCCUGCCUCUUGUUACGGUUUGCCGAUGACACCUACACGGAAAGCUACAUCAGCACCAUCGGGGUAGACUUCAAAAUCCGGACCAUCGAACUGGACGGCAAAACCAUUAAGCUGCAGAUUUGGGACACAGCUGGGCAGGAACGGUUCCGGACUAUCACGUCCAGCUACUACCGAGGGGCCCACGGCAUCAUCGUGGUCUAUGACGUAACGGAUCAGGAAUCGUACAACAACGUCAAGCAGUGGCUGCAGGAGAUUGAGCGUUACGCCAGCGAGAACGUCAACAAGCUGCUCGUCGGCAACAAGUGUGACUUAACCACAAAGAAGGUGGUGGACUACACAACCGCCAAGGAGUUUGCCGACUCACUGAGCAUCCCCUUCCUGGAGACGAGUGCCAAGAACGCGACCAAUGUGGAGCAGUCCUUCAUGACCAUGGCGGCCGAGAUCAAGAAACGGAUGGGCCCCGGGGCCACAGCCGGCGGGGACCGGCCCAACUUGAGAAUCGACAGCACUCCGGUCAAACAAGGAGGCGGCGGCUGUUGCUGAACAGGAGGGACAUGAUGGCUUUGCAGGGAAGGGGGGGCGGGAGGGAGGGCCGGGGGGGGGACCUGCGACAGGCCGGGGCAGCGGGGUCCUGCCCCCCUCCCCACCGUCCAGCCCCUUCCUCCUCCUCCUCUUCCUUUUUUUUUUUUCCUUCUCCGAAGGCGGCUUUCCGGAUGAUACCUCCGUGCCGGAGGGGACGGGGCCUUCCUCCCUUCCAGCGCAGCUGCUGCUCCGAGUUGUAGGGAGGGGUCUUUAGCCGUUUGUGUAACCCUCCCCCCCUCCAUUCCCCUUUUAACUCUGGACAGGGAAGCGGGAGAGGGCGGGAGAGGCCGGGAGGGGGGGUCUCGCCAGGCCAAGCUUUCCCUGCCUUCUCCUGUUUGUUUUGGGGGUAGGCGGGGGUCUCUUGUUUGAUUGGGGGGGGGAUAGGGGUCUCCCUCUCCUUUAGGCUGGAACUGGAUGGCAUUUUCUUUUACUGCAAGGGGGGUGGUCUCAUCCCCCCCUUCCUCCCCUUCUUCUCACCCCCCCCAGCCCAAAUCUCUCUCCCUGUUUGGUAAUCCAAAGCUAAGACUUCCCAUCUCCACCCUUCCUUCCCUCUGCCUGCUUCCUCGUCUCCUCCCCCCCCUUAAGUAGGAGAUUCUCCCCCCCCCAAAUGAAGGCUGUUCGCGCACACACAAGCCACUCCUCCUGCAUCUGUUUGACGGUGUUUCCUUUUUAUUCCACCCGGAUUUCCUUUUCCCCCUCCAAGACUAUGUCAUUCCUUCCCUGGCCCUUCCUGAAGACCCCCCCCUCCUCCUCCUCCUCUUCCUCGAUUCUCCACCCACCCCAAAGGUCUUUCAACACCUCCCCACCACCACCACCCUCCUCCCAGCCACCCCUCUCCCCAGUGCCUCCCUCCCUCCCAGCCCAUCGCUUUUUUUGUCCUUUCCCGUAACCCUUCCUCGAAACGGAGGGGGGGGAGGAAGAGGGAGAUUUGGGGUUUGGUAGAGCCACGAGGGAGGGGAGGGUCUGGGGUCUCCCCCAGCUUCUGCAUUUCACAACGAAUGUCUGUCUGCUGGGCAGCCCCUCCGAGCUUGUGAAUAAUUUUAAUAGGGUCUCCUGUCUCGUCGUCGUCCUGGGCUCCCCGUUUUUUCUCUUCCUCUCGUACCCCACUCUCCUCCCCCAUGUAUCAGUGACCAAAUAGACACACCCCCUCCGCCGCCCCAGGUAUCCCUUUUCCCAUGCUGCUGGGCCCAGCCCCCUGCCCAAAGCUACCCCUUCCCCCACCCCCUCUAUUUUUUUAGCAGCAGGAAGUCCUUUCCUUCCCCGGCCACUUGUCUGCCCCCCCGGCGGUCCCUUCCUCCGUCCGUCUCUCAUCCUCUGCCGCUUGCUCACUCGCUGCUUCCACGCCCGACACCUUCCCCCCCCCCCCUGCUUUAUUUAAGGAACGUCAGGGACAACCCCACCCCCACCCCCGCCGCAGGGUGGAAAUAUUUUCCGUCGGCUCUCGAUUCGUCUGUUUUGGUUUUUUUUUUCUUUCUUUCUUUCUUUCUUCCACAAGUGACAUUUGCAAAACACAGAAUGAGAGAAAAAAAAGAGGGAGGGAAAAAAAUAAAAAUAAAACCCGAAUAAAACAUAACCAGCCUCUGCAAAACGAGGAUUUUCCAGGCUC